AUGUGGGGAGAUUCACAUCUGGACGCCCAGGGCUCCGUGUUCACCUCCUCCUCUUCCUCACCUCAGGUCAGGACAAUCAGUAAAACUUUAACCUUCUUCUUUUCAACAAACAGUCUAGAUGAAGCUUUAUCUAAUGUAACACACACACACACACACACACACACACACACACACACACACACACACACACACACACACACACACACGCACGAUGGCACUGAGUGCAGUGGGUACAGUGCUGUAGCGUCCAGCUGGUCCUGGACUCCAUGCAGAGCGACGGGUGGAGGAGACCAGCAGGGGGAGUCCGGAGUGGAGCGGUGGGGUAGUGGAGUGCUCUGCAGGCCUGGAGCUGGACUCCUCUCCACCUUUCUAAUCCGUCUUCCUCUUGUCUUCAGACAGCGGCUGCUCCUCGCCGUCUCUCUCGCCAUCAGCCGGGUCCCCAUCCCCCCCGUCCCCCCCGUCCCCGUCCACUCCCAGGAUCACGCUCUGCCGCACGCUGACGGAGAUGACCGCCGCCUGGACGAUGCCGUAGAUCAGGGCGAACUGCGGCAGGUACUCCUGGACGAGCCAGAGCAGGCCGGCCAUGCCCACGGUGGACACCAGGAAGAGCGCCAUGCCGUGCAGCCACAGCCGCAGGGGCCCCUGCACCCCCAGCACCUCCAGCACCAGCCUGGCGGGGGGGGACACGGUCCACAGGAAGCCCACCACCAGCAGGUCGAAGAGGUGUCUCAGGAAGUUGAAGCAGAUCUCGUAGUGCUCCGGCAGGACGUCCACCGUCCAGCCGCGGGCGAAGAGCCGGAACGGCGACGCCAGCGGCGAGGGCGGCGGCGGCGGCGAGGGGGGAGGCGUCCCGUAGUCCGACCCGUCCCCAUCCCACUCUCCCUGCUUCCUCCGUCCCGGUCCCGGUCUGCUCCGGGCCCCGGGGCCACAGGGGGGCCGACGGCAGGUACCGACUCCACCAGCCGGCCCGGCUCACCUCCGCCUGCUGGAGCUUCUCCGGGGCCUCCCAGUACUCCUCCUCGUCCAGGAGCCGUCCCGGCCCCGGGGGGCCCAGGAGCGCAGCCAGCCCCACGCCCGGCCCGCCACGGCCGCCAUGGCCGGACGGACGCCGCUUCCUCCGCCUGA